AUGGUGUUCUUGUCUGUCAUUGAACUAAGAGCAGCAAUUCAAGAGUACAUUGUGAAGCAGAGAGUGCAAAUUCAUUACAUAAAGAAUGAUAAGCAGAGGAUAAGGGCAGGUUGUGUUGGAGAUUGUCCCUGGUUCUUAUUUGUUACACCUGACAGCAGGACCAAAGCAUGGGUUGUGAAGAAGUAUGUGGGUGAGCAUACAUGUGAAAGAGAGUGGGCACUCAAGCAAUUUACAGCAAGAUAUUUGGCUGGCAAGUAUGUGGAAACAUUUAGAGCAGAUGAGAAGAUGACACUGCAGAACUUUGGCAGACUUGUUCAGUUGGACUACAACAUGCAACCUAGUAGAAGUAAGCUAGCUAGAGCAAGGAGGAUUGCACUAAAGAAAAUUCAUGGAGAUGAACUUGAGCAGUAUAAUUUACUGUGGGACUUUGCAGCUGAAAUCAGAAGAUCAAACCCUGGCAGUACCAUGUUUGUGAAUGCAAACAAUGGAAAGUUUGAGAACUGCUACAUGGCCUUAGAUGCAUGCAAAAGGGGUUUUCUGCUAGCUUUAGAAGUGGAAGAUACUGUCACAUGGAAGUGGUUCUUGAACACACUGAAGGAGGAUCUGAAGAUACAAAACACAGCACCAUGGACAUUGAUGAGUGAUAGGCAGAAGGGGUUGAUCAAUGCUGUCAAUGCAAUAUUUCCUCAUGCACAACAUAGAUUUUGUGUGAGGUAUCUGCAUCAAAACUUUGCAAAGAACUGGAAAGGUGAUGUAUUCAAGAAUAAAUUGUGGCAAAUUGCAAGAGCUACACAUGAGGCAGAUUGGAAGAAGUACAUGCAAGAGAUGAAAGAGCUGGACCAGGGGGGCUAUGAGUACUUGGAUGCAAUUGACCCAAGAUACGUUGGAGACGUAUCAUUCGCCACCAACGAGGGCUGCCUCAGCCGCCGGUUCCUGCCGCCGGACGCCAAUUUCAAGGUCGGGCCGCCGCCAUCACGCCUCUGGCUGGCGUUCGAGUUCCACUCGUCGGCCUUCGGCUCUCUGAGGAUCGUUGCACAGGCGCUCUUCUUGGUGCUGGCCCUCGACGCCAUGAUGGUCUUUGGGAGCUUGACUGGCUUCGUCUUCCCUCCGAUGCCAGCGCCGCCAGUUUUGUGGCCCCUGCUGCCGUAUCUUCUAGCUCUUUUCAGCAGUGGCAUCAUCGUCUUGGCCAUUUAUGUGGUUCUCGUCUCUCGUCUUUAG